UAAACAGAAGAGUCUGCUAGCCCUGUUUUCAAUGGGGCACCUCGGCGCCCUCCCCUCCAAUGAGCCUUCCUGUCUGCUACGGAACUGUGCCUUCGGUGAAUCUUUCCCACAUGCCUUCACCACUCCUUGCUCCAUGGGGUCAUCCACUCUGCCAUGGCCACUUACAACCCCCCCCCCCCCCGCCCUGCCCCCAUCUCAUCACAUGCUCCUAGGGGCUUUCCAUUCCACCGCCUGGUGCGGGGUAUGAUCCAUCUCUGCCUCAUUGCCUCCCCAAUCGUUCCAUUCUUCACCAUCUGUCCUCCUUGAUCGUAAUCAUCCUCUUCAGGCAGCGCUUGUCAAACCUUAUCGGAGCUGGCUUUCGUCAGGCUUGCAUUUCUCUGGGUCUCCCAGCUGCGUAGUACUGUUGGAAGAGUCUCCCAUCCAUUUGACAAGAGGGAGACAGUGACAAAGAUGGCCAGGAGUAUGGUUUGUGGUAAGGUACGGUCCUGGGAGCAGUGGGUUCGAUCCCUGGCUCUGCCACUGGCCAUAGGCAAGCCGCUUGCACUCCUUCUGCCUCAGUUUCCCUGUCUGUUAAAGGCUACUCUGACCUGCCAGGAAGAGUGAUUGUGACACUUGAUUAAUGCGUGUUCAUAGAGCAGGUUGCGAACGUUGGAUGGAAGGAGCUAGGGAAAGGCAACCUGUUAAGAGACUGGAAAUGUCAGAGAAGCAGCAUUAGGCGACUGUAACAAGUGUUUUUUGUAACAAAUGGGAGACCCAGUGCAAGUUAUUUAUGGCCAUCCUCAGAGGGACUGAAAUCAAUGGAAGGUUGGAGCCUUAAAUAUCUUUGAGGAUCUGGACCUUUGGGCUCUUCUGCACCAUGCUGCAGGGCGAGCUACAGGGGUAUGAAGUGUAGAGUGCUCGAACUGCCCCUGCUGGCGCGAACUAACAGGUACCUACUGCCCGUUAACAUAACGCUGUUUGAAACAGUCCUGUGUCAACGUGAGCGAGGUACCUGUUAAUUAGCGCCAGCAGGGUCUAUGCGGGGUGCUUAGAGCGUGCGCAGGACACUCGAGCACCCCUCAAUUCACACCCCUGUAUUCUGCACUGCAAUUUAGGGCUUGAUCCUGCCGAGCCGUAAGGUUGGUCACCUGAUGCCUCCCCGUCACACGGUCAUUGGAGUGGGGGGUGGUUCUGGGCAGACUGGAUUUACACAAUGGCAGGGCAAGGGGCAGUUAAAGGAUUUAGUUCAGCCCUUGGCCAAUGCAGGAUCGGCACAGCUCCUGUCGUCUCAGGGUUCUGGCUGGUAAUGUGGGGGGUGGCCCUUUAACCGGGUUCCUGAAGGUCUUUGGCCCACGGCUCUUGGUGCCUGCAUGUUAGGCAGGGACUCACCCUACACGCUCAUGAUAGUCUCUUCUGGCCUUCAGAUCUAUGCAGUGAAAUAUGGUGCUUGCCCUGCCUAGGGAUAGCUUUAUAGAGAUACAAGCCAGGCCCCAGUGGUUACUGUCCACAUGCAUGACAUGCAAAUGAGCAGCUCGGAAUAUUCUCGCUGCUUGGCUCUGAAAAGCAGGGUCACAACUCCCCCCUCUCCCCUCCCAGCCAGCUUCUCCGCCUGCAGAACUGCCAUUCAUUGCUUAUGGGAGGUGGGUGUGCAGCAGAGCCAGCAUUCCCACUGCAUUCUCCGUCUCCGCCAAUUGCUCACGAAGAGUCUCUGGCUGAGCUGAUCCUGUGUACAUGGUGGUGGCAUCUCUCUUUACCCCCCCCCCCCACCCCCGAGGCACUCUUCCCCCAGGCACAGCGGUAAUGAACCUUGCUCUAUCCUAUUACCUUCUCAGUCCCGCUCAGCCUCCACCAGGUUAGCAGCUCCUGCUGGCUUAGUGCGCCGUGUAAUAAACCCGUAUGGAGGCUUUUGAUUUUGCCAGCACAAUCACAUUACUCUCUGUUAAAAAUGGCUGGACCUGGGGUAAUAAAUUGGAGGUGUCAGAGCUGUUUGCUUCUUCAUCUCCUUUCAUUACCCAGAGCAGCAGUUGAUCUCCUCUCUUGCUGUCCUCCAGCGGCGCUGGGGGAAGCAAAUAGGAAUUGUGAGUACCAAUGAUGCUUUUCGGGGGAGGGCGCGGUUUGCAGGGGGACAGUUGGGUCUGUUUGGGGGGCAGAUGGGGGAAUUGUCCCACUUUUCUCCCACAAAGGGGGAGGGCAUUUUCACAGCAUUCUAGCAAUCCGAGAAAGAUGAAAGAUCCUCGUUAGGCUGCAUCUGAUCCAUCCCUUGCUGCAGCCGGGUUGUUCCCUUGAGUGUGAUCUCCAGCGCUUUGUCCGGUUUAGAAUGACUCAAUCGAUGCGGCAUCCACUAUAUCCUUGGGGAUCCUAUUCCACUGUUUCCAUUUUCCUCCCCACGGCAGUGAUGGGGUUCUAUUGGGGUGUUUCAGGUAAUAAAGGCUGGGGGAGAAUUCACCGUUAUGGAGCAGUCAGUUCCAGGCCAGACUCUUUGCCCGGUGUCCCAGCCAAGGGGCAGCAUGUGCCAGACUCAAUCAGUUCAUCCCUCAGGGAGUUCACAUCUCUUUCUUCGCGAAGGAUACCAAAGCAGAUGUGGGCUGAGACACCAGCUGAUUUUUUACCACUUGGGCCCUGCUUAAGAGGUCCAGCGUAGGUGGCGUGUGUAACUGGAUUUCCAGGCGCUGGUCCUAUUAUUGCCAGAUUCGAAGUUUCAAAGCCCAGUGCCUCAGCAUCCCAGCUGCUUUUGGGUAGGUCUGCACUGUAGUCAUGGAGUGUGAUUUCAGCUUGUGUUGAUGUACCCAAGCUAGCUCAGGUAUUGGAGCAGUGAAGCCAGGACAGCACUUACUUCAAUGCAGGCUUUACAAGCCCCCCUGGAACCCUGGGUAGUUACUCACAGGGCUAGCCCCUGCUGAAGCUUCUGGCAUAUCCUGGUGCCAAGCAGGGGUGAGCCCCAGCUGUGCCAAUAGCAGCUUAACUUGCCUGUACUAUAGGAGGGUUUGCAGUGGUUAGCUGGCCUAUGGGCCUGAUCCAAAGCUCCCUGAACUCAAUGGCUGUCUGUCUACUGACUUGCCCAGAUGUGGGAUCAGGCCCUGUAUUCCCAAUUCAAGGCACCCAGCCCUAAUUAAUGAGCAGUAUUUCACUAAUUAACUCUCAUUUAAAAACGGCAACCAUGGAUUUAUUUCAGCAUGGAUUUAACACACCCAGAUUAUUUUGGGUGUGUGCGCGCGCUUGGGGGAAUGAGACAGAAGAAUUGUUAACCCCCUGCAUUUAAAGGAAACAAAGGAACAAGUCUAAAUCAGAUUUUCCUCUUGAUUCUUCUGUUACUAGAACAAUUAACAUUUCUGGCAAAAGAAUUAUAAUUAGCAGCCUCUUCCAACGUUAAUACUUCAGAUGCUGGAUAUUUAUAUAGGGCUCUGGUAUUUAUAUUUGAUAAGAUCUGUCAACAACUGUUCUGCUAGACAGAAUAUUUUUCAGCCGAGCACAUUAAACAGGACAAUUAGCUGGCUCUUACGUUAUUCCCCCUAGAAAUACAUUUAGGCUACUUCUCAACUGCUGAUUGGGGAGCAGGGGCGGAGGAGGGGUUCUUUGUUCUGAAACAGAGGAAUAGAUUAGGGUCCCAGGAGGUGGCAAAGAACGGUACCGGUUUUAUGAAUACUAAGUACAAAAAGCUACAUUGAGGUCAGGACUACAAUGUACCAAAGGCAGAACAUUCAAAGGGAAUCAGCGGUAGAGUUCAGGGCUGAGGUUGAAAGGAUGGGUCUCUGCUUUAAAGGGAAAACAAUGAAACCGUGCCCUUUUUGGCUGCUUGAUGGUGAACAAAGAAGACUUGAAAGAUUUCAUUUCCUUCUCCAAAAAAGAAAAAGUGAGGGGUUUUUUAAUCUUAGAAAAAUCAGAAAGAUUAAAUCUGGUCUUCCCUGUUUUUCUGCUGGAUGUCUCCUUGAAAGACAAGAGAACUGGGAAGGGAGGGGUCUCAGCCCUUAACUGAAGUGGGGAGGAAUCUUUAAAGACAGCUUUUCUUCUGAGUGUUUGUCAGACCUUUGAGUUAAAUCAAGGUGAACAAAAACAAGCAAGCCCAGAGCUUUGAACAGUCUGACUAAAAAACCCUCCCAUGGUGGCUCAAGUUUCACUUCCUUGGUUGCUAUGUGGUGGUGUAAUCCUACUAGUUUUCCAGUUGUCCAGAGAGACCUCUAUGAAAAACAAUAUACAAGAUUUGAAUGUAUAGUGUUAGGUCUUUAUCCAUCAUAAAGAAACAACACAACCACAGAGCACUAACAACCACUAGGAGUUAGGCACCUAAAUAACUUUGAGGAUCUAGAGGUAGGGCCCUGCUCCUGCUCCGAGUAGAUGGACUCUUGUUUCCAUACAGAGCCACCUUGCCUUGAGCAGGUACUUCAGGACCAUUACUGCAGGAACCAUGCCUAGCUGCCAUGCAGCAAAUUGAGUGCUAGUAGCUCUUCAGAGCCCUCAUGCGCUUGCCCUCUUAACCUCAAAGGACACCAGGUAAGGCCCCCCCCCUCCUGCAAGUAGAUCUAUGUCUGUUGAAACCCACUGGUAUCAGUCCCACAUGGAAGAACAUGCAGGCCUGAGCCUUGUUUAGGAGCAAUGAGAAACUGAGAAAUGAGGGGGUGUUUCAAAUGUCCACUCAUCCAACUUUUGUCAAUGUUUUCUAAUCAGCUCGAAGUAAGAGCCUGUUUCUCUUCCCUGUUGUUAUGUUUUGUAACAUAAAAAUAGAGAAGUGAGAUGAAAACAUAAAAUAGUCUUGCUGGAAGGUUGCAACGUAGCACUGCUUCAUUUCAUAGAAUUCAGAAUGAUAAAAGCAGAGAGAGACAAAGCAGGCUGCUCCCAGAGGUACGACUCACCCCACCUUGUUAUUCUAGGCUCCCUGGCUGCAAACUGACUGCUGUGUUCAUGCUUCCCUACAGAGGCUCCUGCCUGCAGGACCAGGAAACCCCUGAGCAUUUAAAUUGAUAGCUUUACAAUGUUAAUAGUUUUCCAUACACCACACCUGUGAGCCCAGUUUUCCAGGGCUUGCAGCAUUCAGACACACACACAUCCAUGCAGCCUCAAGAAUAUUUUUAAAGCUAUAUAAGUUCUUGUGAAUGUAUUUUUAUUACAGUAGCACCCAGAAGUCCCAGCUGAGGGUAUCUCUACACUCCAACUGAACUGAAAUUGGGGGGAGAGGAUUGAGCUUGGGUAGACGAACCCACAUUAGUUUUCAUCUAGCUGGCGUGGUGGCAAAUAACAGUGCGGAUGUGGUGGCAUGCACUUCUUCAGCAUCAGCCGUAUAAACCCCCCGCCGUGCUCUGGGCUAUGUACAUGUUUGCAUUGCUAGCCCGGGCUGACACCCGUGCCACCAUGUCUUCACUGCUAUUCGUAGCCUUGCUAACUAGAUUAAAGCUAAUUUGGGUAUGCCUGCAUGGCACACCUUCCAUUGCAGUGUAGGUCUGCCCUGAGAUCAUGGCCUCAUUGUACUCAGGGUUGUACAGAGACAGUCCCUGCUCAAGAGACCUCACAGUUUAAAUAGCCAGCAGAAGGGGAAACAAUUUACCCAAGAACACGCAGUAGGUCAGUGGCAGAGGUAGGAUUAGAACCCAGCGCUCCUGGCUCCCCAGCUGAGCCAAUGCUCGAGCCUUGAUUUCCCCCUGCUGCUGCAACUAGUGUAAGAAAAUUUAAGGUGCCCCCCCAGGUGAAAUUUGGCUUGCACAGUAUUUCUUCUCCCCACCCAAAAUAACCCUGGCCUGUCAAAGCUGCAGAUGCUUGUCCCCUUCCAACCCACCAGGGAGCAACCAGCUGCCACUUUAACAGACCUGAUCGCAUCUUGUUCUAAUCCAUACAUCCAGCGUCAUUGUUGUGUUUGUUUUUCCUUAAUUCCUAUCGGCUCAAUUUCUCUCUCUCUCCACCUCCAGCUGCCCUCGCCUUUAAUUCCCCCCUCCCUCCACUUUCCCUCUCUCCCGGAUCUCCCUGUUCUUUAUUUACAGCCACCUUCUCUCUAGCAAGGAGAGCCAGUUUGCAAUUUCACACCUCAGGUUGGGCUGGGUGCCAAGGAGCAGCCGGCAUGUCUAGCCAGGGACAACCAGGGAAGAUGGGAUGGAGAAGGCUAAAAAAGGAAGAGAUUUAAACCUCCCCUCCAUGCAUACAUGCAACUUUCUUUUUGCCUGCUCAAUUUCAGCUUCUUUUAUCCCUCCCUCCCUUUCCCCUGGUCAGUUUCACUAGGCUCUGUCCUCUGGGGGGGAUUGAAUCUAUUGAUGCUUCCCUAGGAGAUGCUCCAUAAAGAGCAGGGAUCUGGAGAAAGGGCAUUUUCUCUUCUUUCUCCCUUUUCCUGUUGCAGGGGAAUGACACUUCUUUGGGAGCCGGAAAAGGGGGGUGCUAGGUAUCUGUCCCUCCAGCUGCUGCCUUGCUUCUCGCUGAAGGUCUCUGUAACCUUUGCAAACUAGAGGGAGCUGUGCCUGCAAAAACCUUAGGGCCAGGAGGAGGAGGCGAAAAACCCUUUGACGCAUCAGGAGCAACGAUUGCAAAGAGGCUUCCAGACCUUCCAGCCACCGAUUUUUUUUUUUAUCUCCCGCCUUUCCCCAAAUCAUCCCCAACAACCGCAUCAAAACUAUGACCGGCUUCCUGAAGCUGCAGCUCCUGCCAUCCUUCCUCCCAAAAGUAGCCCACAGGUCCCUGAAAACAGGAAAGAACUGAUGGAUGCAAAAGGCUGAAAAGUCUCUUCCCACCCCAGCCCCCUUAUCUUUGUGCGAUUGCCUUGCAAAAAGCUACUGGUGGUGUCUGGAGAUCACUGUUGCGGUUGUUCGGGCUGUGUUGUGUUUGCAGUUACUUUUCUGGAUCCUGUAAAGGAGACGAGCUCUCAGGGAAAGCAUCAUAACAACCCUCUCAAAAUCUAACAAAGGAGAAGAAAGCUAUAACUGGACUCUUCCAAGCUAGACUUUUGCUAAAGUUUUCCAGUCCUGUUUUUCUGAAUGUCUCUUAAGAGGGAGGAGGUUUGAUUUUUUUUUGUUUUUGGUAAGAUCCCUGCUUAUUUGGGCUUUGGAAUAAAUCACUGUCUUUCCCCCCACAGAAAUUAAAACCGAAUGAUGGAUGUGUGCCAGUGUGUACUGGAGAUUGUCUUGUUUUUCCAGGAAUUGUGUGUGUGAGGGUUUGACGCUUCAGCAACCUUAACUGUAAACCAAGGAAGUUUCUGGUGGCGAUGGGAAAUAAAUAUAUACACAGCUUUGUAUCUGACAAGAAACUGUAGCUGGGAUGCGAUUCCGUUCCCUGGAUCUCUUAAAGGAUUCUAACUGGAUAGACAAAGACUUAUGAGAACCGCUGGUUAUAUAUUUAUGUAUUUAAGAGGAACUUUGUAAAGGCAGUUUUAAAAUGAACAUUAAUGUUUCUGGCUAGUGUGUGAACGGGUGAGGUGUUCAUUGUCUAGGGUUGUUUUUUUUUUUUUAAAUGUUUCUUUCCAGACCAUAGAAAAUUGUCUUUGCGGGAUGCUCUAUUGUUGCUUAGAUCUGAUCAUUCCAUAAUGAACUGGUAAAUUUCUUUUCUCUCUCUUUCUUUCUCCUUUAAAAGCGCUAAUGCUUUGUAAAUGCUCAGAAUCGCAAAUCCGUUUUAGGGAUUAAAACCGAUCUCUUGGAAAGACACUCUGGAGCUUUCAUUCGAGGCAGGUUUUUGGCUGUGUGUGUCUAUUUUUUGAAGCUUAGUGCAGGGGAGAUGAAUUUAAAAAAAAAAAAAGACUUUUUUUCUCCCCUCAGUUGUUCAUUGCAUUUGAACUGGUAAUAGAAUGUGAAAACCUUCCGUGAUCCAACCCCCAACAGAGAUCUGGUUUGAUGUAAGUAUUUUAUUUCAUAAGGUCUAUAGGAUCUCCAGACAGGAGUGUGUUGCUUUUCGUUUUGCGUUAAACACCUUUGAAACCCUCUUCUAUUAAAGAGAGAGAGGAAAUUUUUUUUCCAACUCCUGGAGCAGCUCGCUCUGGGAUAAGACAUCAGUCUGAGACUUAAACAUUGGAGACCUCUCGAUGCUCAGGGUCUCCUGAAAGGAAGAUGAAUGACACCCAAUUUGGAUUAUAAAUCAUGGGGAGCCGCUAAGGCUUAUCUGAUGGCAGCUUGAGAAUUCUUCCAAACUCACUUGUUCUGCCCAGAGAGGUCGGGGUUUUGUUGUCAGGCUGGAACAAAUGGCCAAGUGGCUGAAAGAUUACUUGAGUUUUGGCAGCAGGAGGUCUCCUCCACAGCCCCCCAAGCCCGACUACACAGAGAGUGAGAUCUUAAAGGCUUACAGAGCGCAGAAGAGCCUGGACUUUGAGGAUCCCUAUGAAGACAGCGACAAUAAACUGGAGCCAGAUCCCGGGGGCUCAGGCUCCCCAAAUAUGGCAGCUGCUGGUGGCUGUGCGGAAGGGAAAUACACCUCCCCAAAACACAGGCUUAUCAAAGUGGAGUCCACCGACCUGAACAGGAGCAAAGCUCUGUUGGAGACAGCAGCUGAGGAACUCAAAGGCAGGCAAGAGCAGGGCAAUGCUGACAACGAGUACUCUGACCCCUUCGAUGCCCGCCAGGAGCAGCCAGGGGACACCGAGGAGCUGGUGCCGGAGAACAACGGCUACAUGGAGCCCUACGACGCCCAGCGGGUGGUGGCAGAUUUCCAGGGGAAAGGCGACUGGGAGGGCCGGCGGGGGAAGAGGUGCCUGCAGGGCCUGCAGCUUUACGACACCCCCUAUGAAGAGCAGGAGCGAGGUCCCGAGGGCAGCCCAGCCCGCGAGAGCCGCCUGCCCCAAGACGAUGAGCGGCCGGCGGACGAGUACGAUCAGCCCUGGGAGUGGAAGAAAGACCACAUCUCCCGGGCCUUCGCAGUGCAGUUCGAGAACCCCGACUGGGAGCGUCCCUCCUCUCUGAACAAAGAGCGCCGUCAGCCGCCAAAGCACCUGACGGCAGGCCCCAAGCACGGCCGAUUGCAGAGCCCGGAGCGCAGUCCCCCCAUGGCCGAACGCGUGGACCCCUUGCUGCCACUGGAGAGCAGGUGGUACCAUGGCUCCAUCAGCAGAGCAGACGCCGAGACCCUGCUGACUCUGUGCAAGGAAGGCAGCUACCUGGUACGGAACAGUGAAACCAGCCACCACGACUACUCCCUGUCACUCAGGAGCAGCCAGGGCUUCAUGCACAUGAAGUUCACCAGGACCAGGGAGAGCAAGUAUGUGCUGGGCCAGAACAGCGCCCCCUUCGAGAGCAUCCCCGAGGUCAUCCACUACUACACGGCGCGGGAGCUGCCCGUCAAAGGGGCCGAGCAACUCUCACUGCUGUACCCUGUUGCUGUGCAGACCCUCUGACGCGGGGGGGCGCUGGAUGCUUGCUGACCACGCAGGACAGGGGCUGCUCCCGCCCUGCCCGCCCCCAGAGGCACUGGCUCAAGGAUGGGGCUGAAGGAGGAAGGGCUGGUCCGGAGCCUGCAGCUGGGGAAGCCCCAGCCCAGCCCCCAGGGGCGAAUGGGGCUGCACUUUGCGUGACCUGCCGUUUCAGCACAGGGGACUCAAGCUCCGAAGCAGCAAGAGCAAGUCGCUCUGGCUGUAAUGCUGCAUCCAGCGCCCUCCUGCUGUCCCAACCCCUGCGUCCUGCUCUCGGGGGGUGGCCUUUGUCCUGGGAGGUCCCCACACAGGGAAGGGGUUAGUCCAGGGUCAUCCCUUCUAGUCACAUCUGGGAGCUCCUGCUUCGGGACUGUUUGUCCCGGAGAUUGUCCAGCUGUCCUUUUCUCUUCCCUUUCCCCUCCGCCCCCAGCUUGGUCUCUCCUCCUCUGAGAUGCUGCUGGCCCCAAGGUCCUGCUGGGCCCUGCCCCCUGAAAAUCUCCUCUGCCCUGCUCUGGGGGGGCUGUGUCCCAGAGCCCCCCAGCCCAUCCUGCUCUGAGAGACACUCCCAAGUUACUUCCCUCGCCUCCAGGCCUGUUUGAGCCCAGGGUUCCCCUUCCUUUGUGCAGCCCUGAGAGCUGCCAGUGUGGGGGAGGGGGUUUUCUAGCAUGUCCCAUCCUGGACAGUCCCCACCAUCCUGCCCUGGGAGGGACACACCUGCCACCCCCAGGAAGGCUCUGAGCACAAUAACAUGUAGAGACAGUAGGUUCAUGUAACUGCCCUCCGGUGUCCUACCCCCGGUGUCGUCUUACCUGAGCCAGCUCCCCCCACAACCGCCUCAACCCCCUGAGCCAGGUGGGCCCCCUCCCCCUCCAUCCCAUUCCCCCGGCGUGUGUGUGCGGGUCUGUCGCGCCAUGUGUGCUCUGUGCUGCUGUGGCAAAUAGGUUUCCAUUAAACGCCGUAGUCCAGACUCGGUCCCCGCCCGUCCGUCUGUCUCUGCCUGGCUGGGCAGGGGUCCCACCGGGGCCCCAGGGCUCCAUGCAUUACUCACCAGGGGACGACGGGGCGAGAGCAGAGCUGGUCCCAGGGCUAGAGGGUCUCCUGCCCACCCAUGGGCAAGGGGCUGCCUCUGAGAUCUGAGCCUGGAGAGAGCAGGUGACUUGCCAAAGCACCUCAUGAUUCAGGAGUGAAAGCCCCAUUUGCACCUAACUCCCCUAGGUGCCC